CCGCAAGAUGCAGGCGGAUGGCAACCUUGUGAUCUACAGCAACGGCAACGCUCUGUGGGCGUCCGACACCUCGAGGAACCGAGCCAACUAUAUAUUGGUCCUGCAAAGGGAUCGCAAUGUGGUGAUCUAUGGCCCUGCUAUCUGGGCCACCGGCACCAACUACCGCACUCCCGGUCUCGUCAUAGCCCGGAACGCCACCGGCACUCCGGUGGUCGUCGCGUCCGCCGCUGAGGACGUCAACAACAGGAAGAUCGCCAUGGUGACUAAAGAACUGACUGGUGGCGGUGAUUCUGCUAUAAUAAGCACGCUUUGAGGCGCUGCAUGCGUUGUUGGUGUGUCCAAAUAAGUGCUUGUCUCGUGGUCUUCUCUGUGGGCUGUCGUUGACUUGCUCUUGUUAUAAUAU